AUGGAUAGUGGUGGUGUUGCUGAGGGCAAAUUGGACAGGGGUGGUGCUACUGAGUUUGAAGCAAAAGAUCUCCUGCUUGACAUGCUAAAACAAGUAAUGACAAUCGAGGACGAGGAAAGGUUACACCUAGAGAAAUUGCAAGAAAGGGUCUGUGAUGUCUUGAUUUGCAAAAGUAAGUACAAAGAGUUGCAACUUCACAUGAAGAAAGAGCAUGAUAUAACUUAUAAUUCAAUAACCACUUUUGAUCAUCAUAAAAUAGAACAAAUCAAGCGGUGA